AUGUAUGAUCGGCUCCCAAGCGAACCUCUCGUAGACGAUGUUAUAAUUCCGUCAGAGGCACCCAAGUCUCCCAUUCUUCCCAAUGAGGAUGUCUUGUUUCUUCAGGACUUGGAAGACGUUCCUCAAGGUCGUCAUCUAGGAUUAUUUUCAACCAUCGUACUUUUUGUUGCCAGGAUGGUUGGAUCUGGUAUUUUUGCAACAUCCAGUGGAAUAUUCCAGGAUUCGGGAAGAUCACCGUUUUGGUUCUUUAUGGCGUGGAUAGUAGCAGCAUUGCUUUCUUUUGCCGGCUUGUAUGUGUACUUGGAAUUGGGAUCAUUGGUCCCUCGAAGUGGAGGCACCAAACCGUUUCUAGAGUUCAUCUAUAAUCGACCUAAAAUGAUGGUCAGCGUUGUGUUUCUGAUGUUCUCUGUGAUGUUCGGAGUCACCAUCCUGAAUAUUUUGGUGUUUGGGGAAUACUUUUGUUAUUCAGUUGGCAUAAAUCCAACAGACUUUCUGAUUCGGCUCUCUGGGCUCUUAUUUUUAUUCCUCGCUACCACCAUCCAUGGCAUCAGCGUGAGCCAUGGUAUAAGAGUACAGAACAUAUUGGGGGCAUUAAAGUUGGGCCUUCUUGCGGCAAUGAUCAUAACGGGAGUUUAUGCUGUUUUUGUUCCCUCAUCAAUUUCCCACAUUGAUUCAAAUCUUCAUUGGGACACCUUUUUUAAAGUUCCCGGCACUUUUACAGCCUCAUCGUUUUCCUCAGCGGUAAUUAGGGCCACUUUUGCAUUUUCCGGAUGGAAUACAGUCCACACCGUUUCUAACGAGAUUAAAGAUCCUGUUCGUACCUUUAAAAUAGCAGGCCCUGCUUCCUUAAUCAUCGUCUCCAUUACUUACUUGUGGACCAACCUUGCAUACUUGGUAGUCAUCCCAGAAAACGAGCUCGUUUCCACGGGACGGUUAGCAGGUUCACUUCUUUUCGAAAAGUUGUUUGGAGUCAAUGUUGGUCGAAGACUAUUAACAUUUUCAAUAGCAAUGAGUGCAGGAGGAAACGUAUUUGUUGUUCUCUAUACCAUAUCAAGAGUCAACCAGGAAGUAUUCAGGGAGGGAUAUUUGCCCUUAUCUCGCUUUUUUGCAUCCAACUGGCCAUUUGGUUCACCUUUUCGAUCGUUGCUUUUGAGCUGUGUGCUCAGUACUCUGGUCAUUGCAUUGUCACCAAAGGGAGAUGUAUACAACUAUGUGGUAGCGUUGGAACAAUAUCCCCAGCAACUAUUCAUCGCCAUGGCAGCCAUAGGUGUUUUCAUCUUGAGACACAGGUAUCCGGAUGUCAGAGCGCCAAUUCGUUCCACUCGUAUCGGAGCGCUUCUUAUCGUCUUGGUUGCUGGCUACCUUCUCAUUACCCCUUUCACAUCGAAAAGUCCGAACCCUAAAGGGUUGGAGCAGUGGCCAUCUUAUGCGCUAGUAGCCAUUAUAUGUCUCCUGAUUCCAUUUUUUUACUGGCUUGUAAUGUUUCAUAUUGGUCCUAAAGCUGGAGGAUACACUCUCAUGUCAGAAGAAAUGCAACUUAGUGACGGACUCACUAUCAAGAACUGGGUCAAGAUUUAUAGAUAA